UUGGCGACCAGUGAGCGGCGGAGGCGGAGCGGGUACCGGGAGGUCGCCUCCUCCAUCCCGCACACAACCGGUACCGGCCCCUCAGUCACUGCAGCUCGGUUCGCCGGCUGGUCCCUGACACGGCAGGAAGAGAGAGAACGAGCGGAACAUGCCUGUCCUGCACUUUACUCAACUGAAAUAUUCCUACAUAUUGGACCAGAGCUGUAGGAAAAUCCCUUCACUGUUCUUUGCAAUUGUCAGCACUUCUCGUAGAGCUGAAGAGUUCUGCUUGUCGACCUGCUAAAGAAGGCUACUUUGCAGCUUCGCUGAGGAUUGAGAAGCAAAGUGACUGUUUAGCUUGGCCCAGAGCGUCAUGUCCACAAUGGUGCAGUUAAAUGAGAAACUGAGUGCAGAUGAGAUCAUUACCAGCACCAAGCAGGUCAUCCAGGGGCUGGAGGCACUGAAGAAUGAAAACAACACCAUCUUGCAGAACCUGCAGGAAACACUGCAUGGUCUGACUGAAGAUGAAGAAGCUCAUUUGGUGGAAGAGAAGACCUGCCUGAUCCAGAGGUCACUGGAGAUGAUUGAGUUGGGGCUAAGUGAAGCACAGGUGGUGACCGCUCUGUCUACCCAUCUCAGUACCGUGGAGGCAGAGAAGCAGAAGCUGCGGGCACAGGUGCGACGGCUGUGCCAGGAGAACCAGUGGCUGCGAGAUGAGCUGGCUGGCACCCAGCAGAAGCUGCAGAAGAGCGAGCAGAUGGUGGCACAGCUGGAGGAGGAGAAGAAGCAUCUUGAAUUCAUGAACCAAAUUAAAAAGUACGAUGAGGAGGAGGCAGCGGAAGAUAAAGACAGUGUAUUCACAAAGGGUCCACUGGAUGAUCUGUUCCCGAAUGAGGAUGAGCAGACUCAACUGCACCAACCGCACAGCAGUGCUGCAGUAGCAGCCCAACAGGGUGGAUAUGAAAUCCCAGCACGACUGCGAACACUGCACAAUCUGGUGAUACAGUAUGCUUCACAAGGCCGCUAUGAAGUGGCUGUUCCACUCUGUAAACAAGCACUGGAGGACCUGGAGAAAACAUCAGGCCACAAUCACCCUGACGUGGCUACCAUGUUAAAUAUUCUCGCCUUGGUAUACAGAGAUCAAAACAAAUACAAAGAAGCUGCAAACCUUUUAAAUGAUGCCCUGACAAUCCGGGAGAAAACCCUGGGCCAGGAUCAUCCAGCGGUGGCUGCUACUUUGAAUAACCUUGCUGUGCUAUUUGGCAAGAGAGGAAAAUACAAAGAAGCUGAACCGCUGUGCAAGAGAGCUUUGGAAAUCCGUGAAAAGGUACUGGGCAAGGACCACCCUGAUGUAGCAAAGCAACUGAAUAAUCUGGCUCUGUUGUGCCAAAACCAGGGGAAGUACGAGGAGGUGGAGUAUUACUAUGAGCGGGCACUAGAGAUCUACCAGACCAAGCUGGGAUCAGAGGAUCCCAAUGUGGCCAAGACAAAGAAUAACCUGGCUUCCUGCUACUUGAAGCAAGGAAAGUACAGACAGGCUGAGGCCUUAUAUAAAGAGAUCCUAACACGAGCCCAUGAGAGAGAGUUUGGCUAUGUUGAUGGCGACGAGAGACGGGUGUGGAUAACCUCUGAAGAUGGGGAUGAUUCGAACAAGGGCAGACUAACUCCUGCGGACAGCUGCUGGGACCAUCUUGAGCGUUCAGCCUACUGCACAGCAUCCAGUGAUACAGCAGGACUACCUGAUGGCGACAGAACUCUGCGGUUACAAAAGGAAGGGACUGAGAUUGUUCUGAUCCACAACAAAAGGGACCCAGAUUCUACACUGAAGGUACCAGGUGGCACAUCUAACACUGGCCCCUGGAGGCGGCCUUUCCGCUGUGACUACCUGGAUGCUACCGCUGUGAUAUUUGCAAAUGGGCCAGACGGCUGCGAGGAAGUGAGUAUGGGGCUGGAAUGGAAUGGGGACACACUCGGGAGUCUGAAACGCAGUGGAUCUUUCACCAAACUCCGUGAAUCUAUUCGAAGAAGCAGUGAGAAGCUUGUCCAAAAGCUGAAAGGUGUCACAGCACAGGACACGAGGCUGAGAAACCCAGGCAUGAAACGAGCAAAUUCCCUGAAUGUUCUGAAUGUGAGCAGCAGAAUGGCUGGAGACACACAGCAGCGACCUACAAGCAGCCUGAUGGAUUCCCGAGUUCUGAGCACCAGCCAAACUCACUUGGCACGUCGCAGCUCUCUGACCGACUCUGGUUAGGACACAUCAGAAGCAUCUGAAUUGACUCAGGGCUCUGCCAUGUAUUCUCUGGCUCCCCCCAGCACGCCCUCCACAGCACAUAUGCACUACCCCCUCCCUGAACCACACUCGUGGACCAUGGUGUAAGUUGCAGCCAAAUCCCCUUCCUUCAGGGAGUUAGUAUGCACUGCGUAGCUCCUUAACCUUUUAUGGCACAAAGAGACCACGCAGCCCAUCCAAUCCUUGCCAUCAUUUACGCUCCACGUCAGUCUCCUCCAACCUUUCUUCAUACUAUCCCAUCAACAUAUUCCCUUCAAUUCCUUUCUCUCGUAUUUUUAUCCACCUUCCCCUUGAAAUGGAUCAAUACUUGAAGACUGAAAGAUGUAGGACCCCACAAUCUUGUACCUUUUCAGGUAAUAUCCUAUAUUUGGAGCCUCCCACAGGUACCUCUGCUUUUCCCUUCCGAACACUGUCACAAUUUGCCUCUCUCCCUUCGCUUCAUUUGGCCAAUUUCACAACCAGUGCUGACCAUCUGUCUACAAGCCAGUUUUUUUUACACAGCACAGAAACAGGCCAUUCGCCUCUGCAGAUCCAUGCUUGUGUUCAUGCUGUACCCAAGCCUCCUCCCACCCCAUUUCCCCACAUCCUAUGUCCCUCCUCAUACUGAUCUAACCACCCUGAAGUGCUGCUGUGAGACCCUGUGAUUGUGGAACUCACUAUCUAGCAGCCAGGUGACCAUCACGUUGAGUUACCCGGGACAUACACCCAGCUCACUGUCGCUGCUGCUGACAGGACAGUCAGGGCCGUCACUUGGAUUUCUUUCGAGCCCUUUACGCUUUUCGUCAUGAUAAGCAUUGUAGGCAGUUGUUCCCGGCUCCUAGUUUACUGCUCCCCGGGGACUCCUCAUCCUGCUGAAGUACCACAGUCCCAGGCCCGGAGGUAGAUGCAGCUCCCUGGAGAAACAGCAGCACUGGGUUGUGUCUGUCCCACCCUCAAGGGGGAGAAAGCCCAGCAGGAAAAGAAACAGUGACAUCCUGGUCAAACCGGAGCUCCAUUCUGAAGUUUGCAAGACUGGUUGGACCAGCAUCUCUCAGUCCUGGCUUUGCACUCUACUGGAUUUACCAUCUGGACUGCGAGAGUCUUUACACUGACAAACCCUGGAGAGGAAACUGCCUGACAAUCUGAAAUCCCAACAGAAGAAAGCCUGGUAACCUUCAUCUGAUCAAGCAGCAUCUGUGGGGAGAGAGUGGGAGUUGGAAGGCAAGGAAAGACUCAAGUUGUCAGCAGGAUGAGCAUUCACUUCUUGUCCAUCAGCCCUGAGGGGGAGGAAAUGGCAAUGAUCUUAGACAUCAUUGCUAUUGCUCUCUGUCCCUGUAGUGUUUUCCAGCAUUUUCUGCAUUAACGAGGGAAGCAGUGGACAGCUCCCAUUAUGUUUCCCCUCACCCCAUGUAAAUCUCCUUCUUCAGCAGCUUGAGACAACCUCACUGCCACCGUCUGGGGACAUUCAGGUUCAGUUUGUCUCCAGCCAGUGUUGCUUCGCUCCCUUUUCCGAGUGUCGAGCACUAUAAGGUGUUGCAGUCACAGAGUAAACUCCUACAGAGGAGCUGCCGUGCACUUGAAACACCAGAACGUGUUGAAACUCUGCCCCAGGAUGUGCCAAAACCUUUCUCUCACAAUGUCCGAUAUUAAAACUGGAGACGAGGGCCCUGUCAGUGCCUGAAGGAGUGCUUCUCUAGAUUUUUUUUGCACCCAAAAGGUUAACCUGCUCCUUUGUUGCUUUGAGAUAAUGAGCUGAAAGGCCCACAGUGGGCCUAGCAACAUCUAGAUCUGCAUCUCACUCAGGGAAGCCCAGUUGAAUCAGCCCUCCUCCUCCAAUAGAGACCUUUUGAUUCCUCUUCGGGGUAUUUAACUGCCUCCUGUGACAUAACCUGAUCAGUCUGUGAACACUGACUCCCUAACCCCACUCCCCCUCCCAGGACAUCCUUUUAAAUACUGCUUCAGUACCCAGGAACAUCCAGCAAAUACAGACUCUGUCUCCCUGGAAAUUAAAGCACGCUGCCCAGGGGGCUCUGUAUUUAUUUGCAUAAUCCCCUAGGAGCUUAGUAAAUAUGGAGAUAAUCAAGACACUAGGGAGGAUUCAAGUAUCCAAAAGGGAAUUUGUACUGGCCCUUGUUCUGGGGACUUGCACAUUAUCUGAUUCCAAUGGUGUCCUUGGGAAGGGCCAUCCACAACGCACAGGUACCUCUUAGCCUGUCAGUCACAUUAAGGUAAAUCCACGAGUGGUUUUGAUGUUACAGAACUCAAGAACAAGUUCUUCACAAAUAUCUUUGAGGCUUUGUUGCAAUGAUUUGAUGCAUUUCAAGCAGGGGCUGAACACCAGUGCAUGUGUGUGAGAGACAGAGUAUGUGAGAGCACAAAUCAUCUGGGCUAUGAUGAAUCUGGAGAGCCUUUAAGCUGCAGUGAAUCCGGUGCAGAGAUGCAAGUUCAGCCCACAUGUUGGAAGGGAGCCUGCUGAUGUAGGAUGUCAUUCCCAAAUUCAGAAGGAGGAAUUGGGAUAUGUCAGAGGAAGUGUGUUGGUGGGAUAUCAGGGAGGAGGGGGACAGAGCGGAGUGGAGGUGCUACAAAAAUGAAACUGGAAGUCCUCCUUAUUAAUAGUAGCACAACGGUCCUGAGGGGAGCCCAAUUUUCACAUAGCAAUUUUUUUGUGUCAGUGUUCGAUUGGAAUGGGGGAGACAGGCAUGUCUCAGUGAGCACUGUUUUCCCCAAGUAGUAAAUAGCUAUAGAUUCUCUCUCAGUACCUGUAUCAAGGCCAUUUGAAAAAUAUUUUAUCACUUCUUCCAGCCCCACUGUGGGCCUGAACUUUUAGCAUACCUCUAGUUAGUUGUUGUGAGGUGUUUAGUCAUGUUCUGCAUACUGUACCAAACUCCUGAAAAUUGUGAUUUUUGCAAUGUUAUUUAUGUUUUGAGGAAAAAGAAAUAGUACAAUAAAAAGUUUAUUUAGGAUUUAUUUUAAAUAAAAGUGGAAUGUAGUUUUGCUGAAGUGUCCAGUCCAUCCCAUGUGCAGGAGCAUUUUCAGUGAACACAAAAAUGGUUAAGAUCAGUUGGAACACCCUAGCCAGUCCUACACUGCAAAGACAGACUGCAGUCGAUUGCUGCUUUUUCAUUCUUCACCAUCCUGGGGCGUCAGGGGAGCUCACCUACCGAGAGGACAAAUGUUGAACACUUGAUAUCGCCUGAACUCCACAUCAUUGUCAACACCAACGGAAGCAAGAUACUGCGCAUGCUGGAAAUCUGAAAUGAGAACAGACAGCGCUGGAGAAACUGCAGGCCUAGCAGUAUGAGUGGGGAGAGAAACCAGAGUCAACAUCUCAAGUCCACUAUCCUCUCAAACCUGGAGGAAAGUAUUGCAGCUUUAAAAGUGGUAACUCUUUCUCUGUCUGUCUCUCUCUGUGUGUGUGUGUGUGUGUGUGUGUCCACAGACCUUCUGAGUUUCUCCACCAAUUUGUCAGUAUCAAUAACCUGGGUGUUAACAGAUUGGAUUUAAUGGUGCUGGGCUCCCACAAUGAGGAGGAUCCACAAUGGAGUCUCUCCGUUUUAAAUGGGUGGCCCCUCCUGUCAGGGAGUGUGCAUAUUAACAUGUCUGUACCAGUUGUAUCUCCUGGGGAUAAAGAUACAAUAAGCAAAAGCCUAGAAGAUAAUUUAUAGUGAAUUUUAUCUUUUUGAAUACUUCUCCAUUGAUUAUAAAAGUAAUAGCUUCACUGACCAAAUCUAAAGAGCCAUUUGACUAGGAGGUGCAGCUGGAGGCAAAAUGUAUUGUGACAAAGUCUUUGCCAACUCUGGGCUGAGUGAGUUCCCAAUCUGAAAUAAACAAUAUGGAUCGUGGUUGUUCAUUGUUAAAAUGCAAUUGGGGUCUGAAUUAAAUCAUUAAAUGUCAAAAUCUGCUGCUUAAGCCAAGUCUGUUAAAACUGUGAAGGUAAUUUUUUAAAAAUUUGUUCAGGGGAUGUGGCU